GGGACUGGCCUACCCGCCGCUGCCUCACCGUCAUCCCCCUGCAGCCAGCCUUCCCAGAUCCCUUUGAACCGGCCACCCAGGCUUCUUGGCAGCCCUGCCAGGCCACUUGUCUUCAGGUCUGCCAGGGGAGGUGGGGAGGAGGCGGGAGGAGAUCGUGCAGAGGCGGUCUGGGCUGCGCCAGAGCUUGGGGUGCUGAGCCUGUGACCAGCUGUGAGCAGAACCCAGCCAUGGCCAGCCCGGGGCUGCUGCUCCUGCUCUUACUGACGGCCCUGCCACUGCUGUGGUCCUCCUCACUGCCGGGACUGGACACUGCCGAAGCUAAGGCCACCAUCGCAGGCCUGAUCUUGUCUGCGCUGGAGAGAGCCACCGUCUUCCUAGAGCAGAGGCUGCCCGAAAUCAACCUGGAUGGCAUGGUGGGGGCCCGGGUGCUGGAAGAGCAGCUGAAAAGCGUUCAGGAGAAGUGGGCCCAGGAGCCGCAGCUGCAGCCGCUGAGCCUGCGAGUGGGGGUGCUGGGGGAGAAGCUGGAGGCCACCAUCCAGAGAUCCCUCCUCUACCUCCAGCUGAGUGACCCCAAGUACCUAAGAGAGUUCCUGCCGACCCUGCAGCCCGGGUUUUGGAAGCUCCCACAUGCCUGGACCCACACCAAUGCCUCCUUGGUCUACCCCACGUUCGAGCCCCAGGACUCGUUCUCGGAGGAGACCAGCGACAUGUGCCUGGUGCAGCUGCUGGGAACCGGGAUGGACAGCAGCCAGCCCUGUGGCCUCUCGGACUUCUGCAGGAGCCUCAUGACCAAGCCCAGAUGCUCGGGCUACUGCCUGUCCCACCAACUGCUCUUCUUCCUCUGGGCCAGAAUGAGCGGGUGCACACAGGGGCUGUUCCAGCAGAGCCAGGACUACAUCAGCCUCUUCUGCGCCAACAUGAUGGACCUGAACCGCAGAGCUGAGGCCAUCGGAUACAAAUACCAAACCCGGGACAUCUUCAUGGAAAACAUCAUGUUCUGUGGAAUGGGCGGCUUCUCCGACUUCUACAAGCUCCAGUGGCUGGACGCCAUUCUCAGCUGGCAGAAACAGCGGGAAGGUUGCUUCGGGGAGCCUGAUGCUGAAGAUGAAGAAUUAUCAAAAGCUAUUCAGUAUCAGCAGCAUUUUUUGAGGAGAGUGAAGAGGCGAGAAAAAAAAUUUAUAGAUGGCUGUUCCUCCCACAACACAGCCACAGCGGUGGCAGCCCUGGGUGGCUUCCUCUACAUCCUGGCUGAAUACCCCGCCGCAAACAGAGAGCCGCACCCAUCUACACCAUCACCACCAAGCAGCCACUGACACAGACGGUUCCGUGUCUGCUGCCUGGAGGAACAGACCCCUUUAGUCCUCCUCCCUUAGAUCCUGGAGGGCGUGGGUCACAUCCGGGGAAGGAGGCAUCUGGAGGAUAAGCAAAGCCACCCCGACGUCCCAUCUUGGGUUGUUUGGAAGCCCUCAGUAAGCAGGGCUAGGUGAUGUGGGGGCCGGGAGGGACCUAGGUGUGAGCGGAUGAAUAAAGUUAGACUGCAGCUGCCCCAGA